CCGUAAGUUCCUGGACAGGUAGGCGGCAAGGAUGGCAAUUUAUUUUCGUUUCCGAUUUGGAAUCGCGUUUCAAUAACAGAUUGCACUUCAAUUGAUGGACGAUAGCUAUUUAAAAAGUGAACCGUGCGUAUUGUUGACGGCGUUGUGUUGAAGCAUAAUUGCCCCACGUGAAACUUUAAUAUGACUCGUUGUAUUGAUGAAUGGAAACCCAAUAGGAAUGGAGCAGAGGGUCAACUCUGGCCUAUCAUCAGAAGUGAGAAUGGUAUUGAGUAAUUAUAGCUCUACAGACUUGGAAAAUCUCUUAUCCAAGCAGCAGAACUUCUCAGACCUGCUGAAAAGGCUCCCUUGCGUCAUGGGACUGGAAGCAUCAGUGGCUCUUAUUUCCGAGGAAACGGAGCGCUUGGCCGUUGCCAAUCUGAGUAAAGAAACGGUAAUCGAGGAAACCCGUCAGGAUGUGAGCAAUCUCAGACAGUCCGUUGCUGAUUUACAAGAAGAAUUGUUCGCGUUGCGUGAGCGACAUCAAAAGCUUAUUGAAAAAACGGAUCUGUUUACUAUUCACGAGGAAAUUCGUAAUGCUGUGAUCGCGAGUGAUCAAUCCAGCGAGGAAGUCGCGGAGAGCUUCCUAAACGGAGGCAUAGAAUUGGAAAAAUUUCUUCCAGGGUAUUUAGGAUCUCGAAAGCUAAGCCACUUGCGUCGGGCGAAAGGAGAAAAGCUCCGAGUGAUGAUUGAGGAGCAUGAAGACGAUUACCGGUAAUACUGAGAAAUCCAAGGAGCCCUGGGCCGUGUUUGAUGUUGCGUUGCUUUCCUGAAUGCUGAGUUGUUCGGUUUAUUUUACAAUGAUAUAUUCUGAAGGAAUACAUUUGUUUACAGAUGUU